AUGAAAACCCAUGACCUCAUGGCGCCAGUAGCCCAUACCAUCGGAAAAGGCGCUGACAAAAUCAUCUGCAUGUUGAAUGCAGCGUCCGCCAAUCAUCUCAAGAGCGGCGACACAAGCACUGAUAAAAGACAUACAGACCUCUGGCGCUUUGCCAAGGACUGGUGGAAUCACAUCGGCUGGCACCAGAAGCCGAAGCAACCAAGCGAUUCUCGUGGCAGAUCUAUGCACAUGCUACAGAUGAGUACCAAGCCUUAUGGCCCACCACUCAAUCUACGUCUACGCCCUUCUCGUCUUCGACAUUUCCUACAGGCCGCGUCACCACCAUGGCCACCGACGGCGGACGCGGCAACCCCAGUGCGCGAGCGCUUCUUCCCUAGCCCGCCCCCUCCCACCCCACCUUCUCACGAUGCCUUCCGGCCCAAGUCCGAUUGUGAUGCCUCCAGACAUUGA